AUGCCUGCUUGGGUGGCCAAGGGUGUUGUGAUCAGCUCUGUAGUCCCCUUACUGGAAAUGAUAACUGUGGACAAUGUGGAAAUAUAUGCCCCAGUGGCUCAGUCUGUACAGGAAAUGCAUGCCUCUGUACCAGCAGUGGAUUGGCUCCUUGCAAUGGACAAUGUGUAA